CUCUCAAUCACAACAAACACAAAACACCUUGAAGCAAGUCUUGAGCACCAGUCUCGAUUCAAUUCAAUCAACCAAUCCCUCAACUACUACUACUACUACCACUAUACACCAAAACACAACCAAAUCAAGCUUCUACCCAAAACAGUAGAAAGAACACACUCUCCUCCGAAGCGACAAAAGUCUUCGCAAAACACCCAUCCAACACAAACUUUUCACUUCUCAAAAGACACACCAUGUGCUUCGGCGGAUCCAGACGUAGAACCUACGGCGGCGGCGGUGGCAUGAUGGGAGGGCCCCGCCCGGCGGUCGUGCAAACCCAUCACCACCACCACGGUGGAGGCAUGGGAGGCGGCGGAAUGAUGGGCGGCGGCGGCCGGGGCUGUGGGCCCCGCUCCGGGUUCGGCGGCGGCGGCGGAUUCGGCAGACGCGGUAUGGGCGGCAUGGGUGGCGGCGGCAUGAUGGGUGGUGGCCGCCGACGAUGCUAGGUGGGUUUCACACGCUCACCGUGGCCAAUCAGCCUUGCGAUGAAUUGCAUGACUUAAGAUUUGUACAACAAGUUAGGCGAGAGGAUUUUGGGAUGAGUGGGAGUUAUUUGCAUUAGCUGUAUGAUUUAGACGAAGGAAGCGUUUCACACUUA